UUCCAUGAGGCUUUAACAUUUCCUCUAUCUACUGUCUUCCUCUUUCCCCAAAUACCAUUGCCAGGUAACUAACUGUGGAUUACACUAAUUGAGCCCUCUGAAAGCGAUCUCUUAAUUUUACACUUCACACACUCUCUCUCUUCUCUUUUUCUCUCUCCGUCUCUUCCCUUUUCUCUCUCUUUUCUUUCUCCCUCUGCUUCUUCAGUAACUCUGUCCACUUGACCAUCAUUCCCCUAAGAUAAUAAUUUGCUGUCUUGCAGCUUUUAAAACAGGAUGUUUUGUAGACAUGUAAAGUCACACGCACAGAAAUAAAUGUAUGUAGCAUGUGUCUCUAAUGUGCACAGACCUCCCACUAUACAUUGGUGAUCUAUUACUCCGAUCAUCAUUAACGGUGAUCCUUCCUAGUCAGGAGGAAUGGGUUUUCCUUUGUGGGAGAUGAAGACUUUCCUUUGGUUGAGGAGGAAAGGAUUAGAGAUCUGGGCAGGCUAGACAUCCACAAAUCCAUGGGCCCUGAUGGGAUGCACCCACGGGUACUGAGGGAGCUGGCGGAUGUUACUGCUAAGUUGCUCUCCAUCAUCUUUGAAAGGUCCUGGAGAGGUGCCUGAGGACUGGAAGAAAGCCAGUGUCACUGCUGUCUCCAAGGACAAGAAGGAGGACCCAGGCAACUAUAGACCAGUCAGCCUCACCUCCAUCCCUGGAAAGGUGAUGGAACAGCUCAUUCUGGAUGUCAUCUCCAGACAUAUGGAGACAUACUCUUGAACCAGCAGGCUAAAGCUCAUCACUUGGUAGGUAACAAAACAUCUCACAGUCUGGUCUCACAACAAGGCUGGGAACUGAAAUUGUUCUAAGAAUCUCGCUGCAGAGCAACUGUGGUUGCAGUGUUUCAUCACCAUGGACACAUACAGCUUGUAAACAACACCGCUGUUCAGAAAUCACAGUCUGGCUAUCUUCAAAUGCUGUCUCGUAAGCCAGGAGGAGCAAGGCAGAAGAAACUAUCUUGAAACUUGAAGACCAUAAGAGCUGGAAAGAGUUUGAGACAUUACUGUGAAGUAUGACAUCCAAGAAAAAGAAGCUGAAACAAGACACCACAGGUGCAGAAACAAAUAAGGAAGGACUAAGAACCAAGAAUGGAGACAUAUCCAAAGGAAGAAGUCCCAUGGAAAUGCUUGUCAGAGAGAGGAAGCAGUAUCUGCAGAAGGAAUACAAGACCCUUACUGAACAUAUGAACACAUACAUGGGAAGAGUGGAGCACUUCCUCCAUGAGAAUGAUAUCCUAGAAAAGGAAGCUCAACAGAAUCAGGAAGAGAGCAACGCUUACCUCUCCUACAUAACAAAAUACAGCCAGAAGUGCCAGAAUGUGAUAAUAACAUUAAAUGAUCAGAAUCACACUGAUCUAUCUCAAAUUGGGAAGCAGAAAGAGAAGCUAAUCUCAGAGUAUACAGAAAAAGAGAAGGAGAUAAGGAACUACCUUAUAGAUAUGGAGACAAAGUACACUCUUAUGAACAAGGAGGUUGAAGACUUGCAGCCUUUCAAAGACCUGCAGCUGGAACAGAUGAACAAGAUUAAGGACCUGGAGAAGGAGUUGUUGGUCACAAGGAUCCAGCAUUCAGAACAAAUGCACAAAAUCAAGAGCAGAUUUCUCCAGGCCAAGGCUGCCUGUGAGGCAGAGUCUCAUCAGAAGAUCCAAGUUCAGACAAAGAAAGCAGAAGAAGCAGCAGUACAAUCUCUGAUUCAGCAUGCCAAACAAAUAAAAGCUGAGAACUGGCAUCUACGCCAGGAAUUGCUCAAUCUCAUCCAAUGCUCACACAUUCUUAAAGCAAUCAGGCUUCAACUGAGCAAGCAGCAGCAGCAGCUUCUUCAGGAGAACCAGUACAGCCAGGACAUGGCACGCAUGCGUCGUUGGUUUCCCCAAGAUGAGGUAUAUGAUGCAAACAGGUAAACCUACAGCUUCCAUAGCCCCUUCAGAUGUGUGCAUUAGCCCAGAAGAAACACUUCUCUACUCCUCACUCAUACCAAUUUAUCAUUAGACAUAGCUGGACUGUUGUUACUACUAAUCAGGUAACAAAGUAUGCAAAAGUAAGGCGAAUAGCUGAUUUGUUCUGUGCAUGGGUGAAUGGUUUGAUUUACACAGUUUGUGCUCAGAGCACAGUCCAAAUACCUCUUAAAAGUAACCUCACAUUUAGCUUCCACAACAUCCAUAUUAAGUAGCAGUUGAAACUGCAAUCCUUUCACUCCUCAAAAUAAAAUGAGAUUUUUUUCUUUGAGAACAGACUUUGAUAUUUGAUCAAUUAGUAACCUUCUACCUGUAAAUUAUGUUCUUAGACCUAGUGAGGCAACCUUUGUUACUUUUCACUGCCAGCUACACCUACAAACACCAUGAUAUGAACUGGUGUAGGUCACCUCCUACUUCCAGCAAUAUUCAUUUUCCCAAAACUUCUAGAAGGCAAAGAAUUUUAAUUAAUCUUUUACUAGUCUCCAAAGGAGGUAAAAUAAAUAAGCAACUACAUUAUUUAAUUAAUAUACAUAGUAAUAAAAGAUAUUCAACCUUUAGUCAGAACUAUCAAUAAACUAU